AUGCAGGGGGAAGAAGAGAGGAACGAGGGCGGCAUUAGCGUCGAGGAUCCGACGAAAACCUACCUGAGGCUUAUACUCGAUAUCCUCUCGGACUCGCACAACGAGACCAUUGAUCCAACUAAGCCCAUUCUGCGCAUUUCGUUGCGCUACGUGUACCCGCUGUUCAUCUUCGUCUACAGCCUCGUGUGCCUCGUCGGCACGACGGGAAACGUUCUCAUCCUGUACACAAUCAUGAAGAAGCGUCUCCGAGACCCGACGUAUUUGCUACUGGGCAACAUGGCCGUGUCGGACAUUACCAAGUGCGUUGCCGUGUUGCCGAUCAGCCUCGCCAAUCUACUAAUUAAGAACUGGAUCUACGGAAGCUUCAUGUGUUUCUUUCUUCCGAUGCUGCAGUACUUUCCCGUUCACGUGUCCAUGCUCACGUACCUGACGAUAGCCAUCGAGCGGUACAGGCUCAUUCUACACCCGAUCAAGUCGCGCGUUCCCGCCGGGCUCUGCAUCAUCGGUAUCUGGGUUCUGGCGGUAUGCCUCGUCCUGCCCUACGCCAUAUACGUCAAGUACAUAGACCUCGGCUUCUUUCUGGGAAGCGACUUCGACGGGGUCGGGCUAUGUCUCGUCAACGUCGAGCGAAACAUCGAGGAGUACACGCGCGCUAUGUUCGUCUGCCUGUACGCCGUACCACUCGCCAUCAUCGCCUUCCUCUACGUCAAGGUGUCCGCAGAGAUCAAGGUGCGCGAGGGUCCCGCCACCUCCGUGUCGCGCGUCACGUGGUCGACCAACGUCAGCGAGGGCGAUCACCGAGCGUCCGAGGACCACGGCAGCGCCAGCCACCCGCACGUGCAGCACAGCCUGCGCUCGGACGACGACGACUUCGACUCGAACCAGGAGCGUCGCACGCAGAAGUACCUCAUCACUAUGGUAACGCUGUUCGCCGCCUGCUGGUGCCCGCUGAACAUUCUCACGCUCGUGACGCACUUCGUCUUCGAGACGGACAACAACGCCGGCUACUUCGACGUCACCUUCAUCUUGUUCUCCUGGAUCGGCUUCCUGUCGACGUGCAUCAAUCCGUUCCUGUUUGCCUCGUGGAUGAUGAGCAGCGAGUCGAAGAACCGGCUGCGAGGCUAUUUUCGAUUCAGCAACCGGAGACGGAGUCUGCCGCAGAGCCGCCACAGCGACGCCUUCAGUCGCAACGGCCACCAUCGCAGC